AUAAUAUGGAAAUAAGGAAUGCUAUUGUCGACGCGAUGUUUUGUAUUAUUUACAAAAAAAAGGCUCUCACCUGGAAAACGGGCAUCGAGAGACGUACUGAAUGCAACCUGCCCACUUCCAAUAUGGCGGCCCAACGGAGGAAUUUGAUGCAGAGUCAUCAGAGUUGGACGGAUGAUCUUCCUCUGUGCCAACUCUGCGGCGUUGGCACCGCACCCAAUUGCAUGUAUGGCACAGAUGGCAAAGACACGCAGAGCCACCCGAAUGAGGACACACACCUCCGCUUCAGGAGCGAGGACGGCUGCUCCCUGUACGGCGUCUUCAAUGGCUAUGAUGGCAGCCGAGUGGCCAGUUUCGCUUCGCAGUGUCUUACGGCUGAACUUCUGCUGGAGCAGCUUAGCGCCGACCACUCGGAUACCGAUGUCCGCAGGAUCCUUACGCAGGCUUUUGAAGCGGUGGAGAAGAGCUACUUGCACACUAUCGACGACGCUCUGGCUGAGAAAGCUAACCUUUCUGGCUACAUGCUACCACACAGCGAGAAGGUGCAGGAGCGUUUGAAAGAGUUGGAGCAGGAGGUUUCCGGAGGAGCCACGGCUAUUGUGGCGCUCAUUCUCAACAACAAGCUCUACGUCGCCAAUGUCGGGACCAACCGGGCUCUGCUGUGCAAAACUACCACCGACGGCCAGAACCAGUUCUUUCAGCUGGGCCGACCUCACAACACCGAUAACGAUGACGAGCUGAAGAGACUGGCUGCGCUGGGAUUGGAUUCGGCCCGUGUGAGGCAGGCGGGCCAGAUCGCCGGGCAGAGCAGCACCAGGAGGCUUGGAGACUACCGGGUCAAAAUCAACUACAAUGAUAUUGACCUGCUCAGUGCCGGCAAAACGAGGCCAAUCAUCGCUGAGCCAGAGAUCCACGGCAGCCAGUCGUUGGACAGCGUGACGGGCUUUCUGCUGCUCAUGUCUGAAGGACUCAUUGAUGCCCUGGAGUGUGCGCACGGGCCCGAACACGUCAACAAGGAAAUCGUUGCCAUGGUGGCAGCUGAGCUGGCGCAGCAGACCACGCUGGAGGCGGCGGCGCAGUCGGUGGUGGACCGUGUCAAACGGCUACACCAUGACGUCUACACGUCGGGCCGCCAGAGGGCCACCUUCUGCUCCCGUCACGAGGACAUGACCCUGCUCGUCCGCACGCUCAACUACCCGCUGGCGGAUGGAGUCCUCACACCCACGCAAGCAGGCGGCCGCAUCUACCCGGUGUCUGUGCCCUACUCCAACAGCCAGAGCACCAGUAAAACCAGCGUCACGCUCUCGCUGGUAAUGCCUUCACAGAGCACCCUAACCAACGGCACCAACACGGCCUCCACCCUGGAGGAGGGAACCCCCACGCCUGGUAGCCAGAGUCCCACUGCCACGCUGCAGUCCACCAACACGCAGACGCAGAGCUCCAGCUCCAGCUCAGGGGACGGCAGCCUGUUCCGCCAACGAGGUAGCCAGGCGGCACAACCGGACGAGACGGGACGCGUGCCGCCCUAUGUGGACUUCACGCAGUUCUACCGCCUGUGGGGAAGCGACCACGGCGAUGGACAGAUCGCUCAGGGCGGCCUGGGACCCCAGUGAGGACGACGCGGUGGGGACUUUUCCCUGACGACCCCUAGCUUUUUCCAUGGAAGUGAGACAUCGGGACAAAUUGACGAGGAAGCCUUCGCAGACUGUAAAAUCCUCACUUGCUGCCAUGUUUGGAUUCUUUCACAGAUGGCUCCUCAUGGUUGGCGCUGGUGCUCUCCAGAGCCUAAAAGUGUCAAGGGACUCUCUCAUCUCUGCCGGUGAAGUCUUUGAGGGUUCAAAAGGACAAAAAUGUGCCACUUCAUUAGGUACACCGUCUCAAGGAGCUGUAAAAUCAAUCAAUCAAUCUGACUGAGAGAAAAAAACCAAGGUUCAUUUUUGAUUAAGUAUCAGCGAGUACCUUUACCAGGUAUUUCAGGGUAUCAGGUACUUGUGAAGGCUGUCGAUACCAGCCGCUGCUACUUCAGGCAAAAAAAGAUCGGACAUCAAGUAAGUCCUCCUCACCGCUAAUUGGCGCAACACUGCAGCAGUUUGAAAGAAAGAAAGAAAGAAAGAAAGAAAGGUCUUUAUUAUGUAUAUUAUUAUUAGAUAUAUUAAGUAUCUGUGUUAUCAAAUGUACUAGUGGUCAUAGGUAUCGGCGAGUAUUCAAGAGUGAGUACUGGUACUGGUAUUGGUUUGAAAAAAGUGGUAUUGAACAUCCCCCGUUUUGAUUGGCACAAUAAAAAAACAAGCAUUAUCCGCUGUUUCUAAUGGUUGGACCUGCUGAAAUCUGUGAUUAUUGUAAUAUUCAAACUCUAUAUAUUUUUGAAUUGUAUUCUUAUGAUAUUUGAUAUCACUUAUUUUCUUCCAAAACAUACUCAACAUCUUCACAUUAUCACACCUUUGCCCCUCCUAAAAGCAACUUUUUUUUUUCCAUUGAUGUUACAGCGCUGGUAGUGUAGCGCUACGUGCUGCAAUCGCGCAAGCGCUGUGGGUUCAGUUCCCGGUCAGUGCCCCUGUACGCAGCCCAUGGCGGAAAAAUUGGCUCAAAAGAAAUCGUGCCAGGUCGUCGCUGGGGCAAGCGGACAAGCCAAAGUCAACAACAACAAAUUUGUUGGAAUAUUACGACUGCAAAAUGUUACUAUUCUUGUAAGACGUUGACUGAGAGUUUGACUUUUUUUUUUCUCAAAAUACAAAAUCAGACUUUAUUAUGAGGAAUAUUACAAAAAGCUUUCCUUAAAAAUAAUGCUUCUUUUUUUCGAAUAAGAUUGAACUUUGUAAGAAGUUUCCUUUGUAAGAAAUACAGAUUUAUUCUCAUAGUGGGACAGCUUUUAAUUUAAAAAAAGAUAACUUCAAUCUUAGAUUUCUUUAUUUUCAUACUGUUUCAACUUUGAUUUUCUCAAGAAAAAAAACUAAAAAAAAAAGUUUGUUACACUAUAUAAUACACAUGUGUAAUACAGUAGGAAAAACAUAUUUGUGUUCUCUUUAUGCCAUCCUUUUUUACCUCACAGAAAUACGACUAUUCAGGUUAGAUUAUAACUUUUUUUUUUUCCUUUCGUGCUCAUGUUGCUAAAAUGCUGUUAAUCAAAACUGCUGCUGGUGGUACACUAUAUAAAAUGUUAGUAUUUUUUUCGUUAAUUCAAAAUCAAUUCACGCUGACAUCCAAUGCUGAGACGGAGUUAGAAUAAGAUAAGUAACCAUACAUCUAUGGUGCGCCAGCAUCCACGGACAUUUGCAUGACACCCAAAGAAGAAAUAAGGUCAUCUGACUGAUCCGAGGAGAGUGGCGCCUCGCAAUCUUUGUCUGUCUGGCUCUGAAAUUCAGUAGUGUUGCUUUGAUGAGUGAAGGGUCUGAAAAUGUCACCGAUACACUUCUUAAAAUUAGCCGCCACUCGUACUGGUGGUGUUCGGUGAAUACGGGGCAUGAAAUUGAAUCGGUUGAAAUUGGACUUAAGGCUGCAGAUUCCUUGGUAUAAUAUCUCUCUCAUAUCGGAUGUCAAGGCGAGUCUUUAUGUUUCUGAAUCUAUGGGAUUGUGGAUUAUAUUCAGAAGUCCUGAACUUCUUUUUUUUAAUAUCAUGAAUGGGCUCAGUGUACUGUUUUUUGUUAGUCUAAAAAAAAUAUAGGUCUAGCACAUUCCUUAUGGGCAAAGACUCAAGAUCCAAUUUUGCUUUUGAAGCGGACAUUUUGGGCUCAUUUCCCAGGGAUCCUUGAUACGUUACUCAGCCUCUUAGGCUACGUUUACGCCGAAGGUCAAUUCCGAUAUUUUUUGUAUUCCCCCCAAUGUGAUUUUUUUUCAUGUUAGUGUGACCAGUACAAUUCAGAAUUUGUCACAUCCAGCCCAGGCCUCAUUUGUAUGUGAAUAUGAAAUGGAUUUGUAUUUUGAGUUUUCGCCAUUGCAAACUGCAUCCACAGUAUCGUGGCGACAUUUGAUGGUGUGUUCACCCUGGUGAAAGAUUGCUUUGAAAAUUCAGUCCCCUAAAUGCGUUUGUCUUAAGAACUACAAAUUUGAUAGGCAUGCGUAAACCCACACAACUAUUUUAGGUUCAUUUGGACCAUUUCCUUCAAAGAUGAACUGUCCCUAGUUUGUCGCAGAAAAAAUCUACUCCCAAAGCGUGUUGCACUUAGUAAGAUAACAUUUGGUCGGCGUGUCUAUCCCAAUUACGCCCGCAAAAAAAGCCAUGCCCAAAUAGACACAGGAAGCAUGCCAUUUUGGUUCAGAGCAGCUAUUUUACGCUCAUUUGGGCAUUUUUGUUUCCAAAGGGUUCUUCACAGACAGACUCCUCAAUGAUUUUGUCACUUUUGAAAUGAUUGAUGAUUGUGUUUGAAGUGCGGGGUCACGUGACAACAUGGUUCGAAGUGUCAGCUAUUCUUGCUCUCCUACUUCCUGUUUUCCAGUGGCGCAGGCAGGAAGUGGAAAGGAGGGGGUGGUGGGGGAUCUGGAUACGAAAAGGAACAUGACACAAGCUGACCAUUUGAAACCCAAAACUGUUACUUCUUCUACACGAAGAUAAAUUGACUCCCGAUUAUUGUGGCAAUAAUGUGGACCCGGGUUCAAUCCCCGGCCCCGCCCGUGUGGAGUUUGCAUGUUCUCCCCGUGCCCGCGUGGCUUUUCUCCGGGCGCUCCGCUUUCCUCCCGCAUCCCCAAAAAAACACGCAUGAAUUGGAGACUCUAAAAUUGCCCGUAGGCGUGACUGUGCGCGCCAAUGGUUGUUUGCUCCGAUGUGCCCUGCGAUUGGCUGGCAACCGGUUGAGGGCGUACCCCGCCUCCUGCCCGAUGACAGCCGGGAUAGGCUCCGGCACGCCCGCGACCCUCGUGAGGAGAAGCGCGACAGAAAAUGGAUGGAUGGCUAUUGUCACUUCAGCGACAUUCCGGCGCUAAUACCAAAACAAAUUCCCCAUGCUCUUCUACUACUACCACCGCUACUCCGUUAAGCAACUUGACACCAUUAUGACCGACUGACUGAAUCAGCGACGUGAUUCGGAAAAAAAACAAUAAACAAUAAACAACAUUAAUAACAGUCCUCAUCCUUUCAGACAAAAGCCUCUAAUCAGCAGCUUUGACUGUCGUUGGACUGUGAGGCCACGCAUUUUGCUCAUUGCUCCUUGGAGAUGGAAUUGCUGUUUGCUUUCCACUCAGGCCAUAACCCAAUUCUUGAAAAGUGGCUUUAAUGAGAGUAAUUGCCCCGAACGGAGAGAUGUUUAAGAAUUCCGAGGGGGAUUUGUGGAGUCACAGUCUGACUUCCCGCUUGCGAGUCUGAUUUCGCUCAUGAGAUGCUAUGUAACCGCUAUGUUGCUUGUGUAACUUGAUUUAAGCCACAAUCCAUCAUCGAGAAUGAACCUUUUUUUUUGUUGUUGUUUGUUUUUUUCUUUUCCGUAUACUCAUUAACAUGCGCAACGUCUGGGCCGAGUUUUGAUGAAGUCAACUGGACAGAUGAGCGAUUGCUAAAUUGGGGAAAAUGUUUUCCUUUUUGUCAUCCGAUGCUCCCAAAAGACAGUGGGAUGUACAUCCAAUGUAUGUGAACCCUUUGGAAUUCUGCAUAAGAGGGUCAUAAAAUGUGGUCUGAUAUUCAUCUAAAUCACAAGAAUAAACAUUCUGCUUCAACUCA